UGUCAGCCAUGGCGUCCUCCCGUGAUCCUCCAGUGUUCUGUGACAUCUGUGAUGAAAGAAAGCAGAAAGCUGUGAAGACCUGCCUGACGUGUCAAAGCUCUUACUGUGACUCUCAUCUGGAGCCUCAUCACAGAGUCCCGCGUCUAAAGAAACACACACUGAUCAACGCUGUGGAAAAUCUGGAGGAUUAUAUAUGCCAGAAACACGAGAGACCUCUGGAGCUGUUCUGUAGAGAUGAUCAGACGUGUGUUUGUCUGUCCUGCACUGAAGGAGAACACAGGACUCACAACACUGUUCCUAUAGAGGAGGAGAGUCGAGAGAAGAAGACUGCCGUUCGUCAGAUGAUCCAGGACAGAAUGAAGAUGAUUCAAGAGAUCCAGCACUCAGUAGAGCUGAGAAAGAGAUGUCGGUCUGAUCGGAUGGAGAUGAUAGAGGGACAGCAGAAAGCAGCAGAGAAACAGACUGAAGAUCUCAUUAAAGAGCUGCAGCAGGAAAUCACUGAGCUGGAGCAGCUCUCACACACUGACGAUCAUCUCCAUCUCAUACAGUCAGUGGAUGUGACUCUGGAUCCUGAUACAGCGCAUCCACAUCUCAUCCUGCCUGAUGAUGGAAAACAAGUCAGUGAUGGAGACAUUGAGCAGGACGUCCCAGAAAACCCAAAGAGAUUUGAUAAGAGUCUUUGUGUUCUGGCAAAGGAGGGAUUCAGUUCAGGGAGAUUUUACUAUGAGGUGCAGGUGAAGGGAAAGACUGAGUGGGAUUUAGGAGUGAUCAGAGAAUCCAUUAACAGGAAGGGGACGAUCAGACUGAGUCCUGAGGAUGGAUUCUGGACUGUGGCUCUGAGGAAUGAGGAUCAUUAUAUAGCUUGUGAAAGUUCAUCUGUCUCUUUAUCUCUGAGAGUGAAACCUGAGAAGGUUGGUGUGUUUGUGGAUUAUGAGGAGGGUCUGGUCUCUUUUUAUGACGUGGAGUUCAGAUCUCAUAUCUACUCUUUCACUGCUCAGACUUUCACUGAUAAACUCUAUCCAUAUUUCAGCCCAGGCGAUAAUGAUGAAGGUAAAAACUCAAACCCACUGAUCAUCACUCCUGUCAGUUAAAAUUAAAAA